AUGACGAUACACAGGCUAAAGUUGACCACUCGCCAUCUUUUGGAGCAGCCCUACGGCCAGCAACACCUUCCGCUCGACGCCCUCGGGACAAGACAUGACGACCAACGACGACCCCAGAAGCUUACGCCGGCAUGGCAGUACACCAUCCCACCCUACGAUCUAUCUGGGCGUCCCUGGCACCACUACCCGUCUCCGUCCGACCUCCGCGCUGUCAACCUGGACAACAUCUCUCGCGACGCACUCACCUAUACCGCCGAGCAGCGCAUGAACAAAGCCAGAGAACUCCGCUGUUCGCUGCUCGACAAGCUCUUCCAUGACCUCUACGCGCAGGAUAAGUGCACUUGGGAGAGCUGCGCGGCGGUCUUUGCUGGGCGACAGAAGGGCAAGGGAGACAUGGCUGAGUACCACGAGUGGAUCAGCGAGGCUAUCGAGCGCGUGCUGGGGGACAAGGAGAUGAGCAGCUUGAUCAAUGGCGAGCCGACGCAUCCCGACUUCGCCACUUACCAUCUCAUCGAGGAGUUCGUGGAGCACCUUGAUGGGACGGUGUGGCUGGAGAUGGCCAGCGAGGACACGGAUCAGACCCCGGAGAAGACUAUAAUUGAACAGGAAUUUCGCGAUAGGCUCGUCAAGCCCGUGUUGGAUGAGAUCAAGACCCUCCAAGAGCUGUUGUUCGACGCUUGUCGGAAUGCGGAAGACGUGACGCUCGAGCCGUUCGAAGGGUAUCAGGCGAGGGUCGAGCAUGUUAAGCAGAGCUGGACUGAUGCAGAGGUGCCCGUGGAAACAGCUAUGUAG